AUGCCCCAAGAAUGGGCAAAGAUGAGCUGGAUGCUGGCUUUGCUUCCUGCAGCCUUGCCGGCGGUUGCCGCGCAGAGCCCCUUUGGGCAUAGGGCUCCUGGCAACCCUGCGAUGGCAAGCGGCUUUGGACAAAUACCCGGUGUUCCACCUUCCAGCACUUUCACAAGCUCGGGCAGGCCGCCGGGUGUUGUCGAUUCAGGGGGAUUCGGGAGACACAUGGAUGGUCAACCACUGCCAUCAAUGCCUGCAUCUGGACAAGCGAACAAUCCUACGAGACCGAUGUCGGCAAUGCCCGGCAAUUUCAAAGACUGGCCCCAGAGUGCCGGAGUCGAUCCCAGCGUUGGACGACCCGGCAGUGGCUAUCCAAAUGUGAUGCAGCUGAACCAAGUCAACUCGCUGGGCCAGGAUGCUGACAUGUUCGGCCAGCGCAGUUCGGGCCAGGGUGCAUUGGCGAACCCAAACCUGAACUUUGCGCACGAACGUGGCCAACAGAUGGGCCAAGGCAGCGCUUCUGGGAGCACAGAUGAUGAGGGCAUGCAGGUGUUGAAUGUGGCCAUACAGCUCAUGCAGAAGGGGCAGCUGGUGGAAGCCAAGAAGGCGUUGACAGCUGCAGCGCAUGUACUUGGUACAUGCCGGCAAGUUCUACCUGUGGCUGCUCAGCUUCGACAUCUCAUGGGCCUAUCAGAGGCAUCGCUCGAGCAAGUGGAGGUUUGGCUGGAAUGGAGGACUGCCCAGGAAGCAUUUCCUUGGGGGAAGGUUCUCUUGUUUAUCAUUGCAGUCCUCCUGGGCACGUUCUUGCUCGCACUUCGAGGAAGACGAUCAGAAGGCAUCCAAUUGCUGGUGGAUCAAUUCCAGUUCUGGAAAACGGCAGUGAUGUUUUCCCAUGCCGAACCAGAGCCGGAACAGAGAAAGCCAGCUGCAAGCAUUGAGACGAGGUGCCUAUCAGAACUUGAUCCGAGUGGUGAUGAUGCUGUCGCGCAGUUAAACAAGGUUGACAGUCAUGCGCUGGCUGGUACCUGCACAGUGCCCCGCGAUGACACGGCCAUGCUGGCAGCACCCAAAGAGGAAGCUAGCCAGAACGUGAUUGACAGUAUCCUGACAGACUUAAGGGAACCGGAAGCAGAGGAACACGUGGAAGAGCGCAGCAUGGCAGACUGUGAGGAAGUCACUGCAAGGAUAUCAGACAUUGAAGGCGAGCACACUGAAAGCCGUCUCUUGACGGUCAGUGGAGCAGAACAGGAACCCACCUCACAAGAGGUUGGAGUCAAGGGCGCGGAAGGCCACAUUGUCGAACUGGAACAUCCAGCCGUCGAUAUGGACGCCUCUGUGCAUGAGCCACACGAAGAUGCAUUGCAGACUGCGGUGGCUUCGGAUGCGGAUGAUCUUGGCAUUGCGUUGCAAGACACCAUGGAGUACAACGUCGAAACAGGCGAUGGACGCAUUCAGGAAACCUCUCAAGCUGUACUGCAGUCGGAGAAGCCCAAGCGUCAGAUAUGGAGAUCCAGGGCCAAGAAGGCCGAGGAGCGACCUGAGGCGGUUGAGGCUCAAAGUGAUGGCCCAGCAGGCUACCGAGAUCCUGCGGACACUAUGCUCAGACCAAACCAUGUGGACCCUACUACAGAUGCUCUGGAUACAGUUCGAUCAGACACCGACAUCCCUGCAUCACUCAAAGCGGACUGUGCUGAAGAAGACUGGGGCUGGGGAGCCGGCCGGCCACAGGCUGCCAGUGAUGGAUGUAUUUACUUCGCUGGCGGACCUCCACCUCAAGAUCGCAAGCAGCAAAAGACAGAACUAGCUGCACUGGCGGCUCUUACUGCCCAAGCUGGACCCGCCAAAACAGGACGUCGAUGGCAAGCCGGAGGGCGCGCCUCCUCAGUGCCAGACGUUCCCUUGGAAGACGAGCUGCUCGAGUUGGAUGUCAAGUUGGAGCAGGAUGGCAACUUCUUCUUUGCCAAGCCCACGCGCUUCCGCGCACAGGGAUGUUUCUUGCGGCUUCCAGGUGGCCGAGAGGCUUUUCUGCCUGUGGAGCACAUCACUCCCUAUGCAGAGGCUUCAACAAUUGGUGUGAGGAAAACUGUGACACAGUCGUCUAAAGGCGGUCGCCUGCGCGUUCGUGAGACUGGAAACGGGCGCGUGUCCAUGUUGACACCAAAUGAAGAGGCUCUGCGGUGCAAGGAGAUGGAAGCAAGACGAAGGAAGAUGGAGGAAAGGAUCGAGCAGCUGCGGGAGAACUACAAUCCUGCCAAAUGGCUCAUUGGCUUCGUUUCGGCGGUGCAACCAAAUGCUGUCUACGUCGGUGUCAUAGACGGGCAGGAUGCGAGGAUACCACUCAAGGAGCUGCCCGAGAAGUUCUUGAUCUCCGGCCAGUCAGAAGAGACCAACGAGGACCAAAUCAAGCCAGCCUUAGAGAUUGGUCAGGCGGUCCAGUUUCGACUGGUUCGCUACUCCUGGGAAUCUGAAAGUUUUACCGCAUCUAUGCUGCCUCCCGUGGAGAGACAACAAAGGUCUCGCCAGAAGGACCGUUCAGUCGACAUCGAGUUGGAAAGACCACCAUCGCCGGAUCGGUCGGAAGGAGCUCAAGCGUGGGCCGCAAAGGGAUACAGCGUCGUGACGCACGAAGCUGCCGUGGAGCUCAAUGAUUGGCUUCGAUCCAGAACUGAGGAGAAGAAGUCCACAAAAGGAUCCAAGGCCCUGGUCAAGACCAGCAACAAGACGUACCUGGUCAGCGUAGUUCGGGGCAUGAACACCAAGGCUGUCGGCAGUAUUGAUGUGGAAAAGAAUGUUUCGGAGAAGGAGGUGAAACAAGCCGCAGUGGACUUGCUCUUCAAGCAAAGCCUGCUGAAGGCGGGCGAGCAGCAUAAAGGUAUUGUCAUCACGAAGAAUAUCAUCAGCAUCAAGCUGUGA